CAGUUCCUGUCCCCGGCCCCGGCGCCGGGGAGACGUGAGCGUGCACACGUACACACACAGCGGGGGAAGAGGCGCUCCGAGCGGCGCCCAACUUUCUCCCAGCUUCCGCGGGCCGGGGGAGAAAGCAGCCGGGGCGAUGUAGCCCCGGCCGCGCUUGCGGAGGAAGCUCCAACAAGAAAGAAGAGAUGGAGAGAAUUUCCCCGGGUUUGGUUUUGGGGGUUUGUUUUUGUUUUAACCAUUUACAUCGAUGAUUGGAGAGUAAAAGGAACCCGGACCAGGGCGGCGAGUAGCGCUUUGGGAAAAUGGAAGAGUGUGUUUGGAGACGCGUAAAGUUGCCUUUCAAGCUCCGACCUCCGGGGCAAGCGAUGCUCCGCGGAGGGCUGACUCAGGGCUGCCUGGGCCUCACAGCCACCCGCCUGGAAAUGAUGCAAGUCCAGUCGGUCACCUGGAUCCCUGCAGCCCGGCCCGGAAUCCGUCUGGAUUGGGGGAGGGGCGAGGAACUGGCACCCUAGGUGUUGCACCGCCCACCAAAUCGGAGCAAAAAGAAGGGGGGAAGAUGGGCCAGCUGCUCAGGCCAAGUCCUGUAUCUAGUGCUUCUGCUCCUAUCUGAGUUUGAGAGUUGUGGUGGUGUUUUUUUUUUUUUUUUUUUUCUUAAUGCAAAGCGUCACAAAGACAGGAAUUCCCAUAUGUGCUCAGUUUGCCCCCAGCGUCACUGUGCCCAGGAGACUCCCAAUCUGUCAAGGCUCGGGGUUGGGAAGCUCACUCAAUUCCAAACGACAGAAAGGAAACUUUCCCAGCACUCUGCGGGUGUGAUGCGAGCCAGGGAACGCUGUCCCAGCGCAGAUCGUCGCCUCCCGCCCUUCUUUAGCUACAAUCGGAGCUGGGAUUCACUUUUAUUUUUUUAAAGUGCCUUCGGCCAUAGCUCUGGAGCAUCAGCACACGCGCACGCAUCUUCGGCCGCGCUCACACUCGUACACGCACGCAAACGCGUGGCCGCCGCCAGGUCGGCAACUUUGUCGGGCGCUCCCAGCGGCGCUCCGCUUCCUCCUGUAGUAGUUGGGCGCAGGCCCCGCCUCCCAGCCGUGUUGUCAAACGGGCCGGGGUCUCGGAUUGGUCCAGCCGCUGGGACAACACCUGCUCGACUCCUUCAUUCAAGUGACACCAGAGCUUCCAGGGAUAUUUGAGGCACCAUCCCUGCCACUGCCGGGCACUCGCGGCGCCGCUAACGGCCUGGUCACAUGCUCUCCAGAGAGCUACGGGAGGGCGCUGGGUAACCUCUAUCCGAGCCGCGGCCGCGAGGAGGAGGGAAAAGGCGAGCAAGGAGGAAGAGUGGGAGGAGGAGGGGAAGCGGCCAAGGAGGAGGAAGAGGCGGAGGGGAGCACAAAGAAUCCAGGUCUCCGGGAGGGAGGUUUAUACCAAGAACCAUGUGUGCCGAGCGGCUGGGCCAGUUCGUGACCCUGGCUUUGGUAUUGGCCACCUUCGACCCGGUGCGGGGGACCGACGCCACCAACCCGCCGGAGGGUCCCCAAGACAGGGGCUCCCAGCAGAAAGGCCGCCUGUCCCUGCAGAACACAGCGGAAAUCCAGCACUGUUUGGUCAACGCUGGCGAUGUGGGGUGUGGUGUGUUUGAAUGUUUCGAGAACAACUCUUGUGAGAUUCGAGGCUUACAUGGGAUUUGCAUGACUUUUCUGCACAACGCUGGAAAAUUUGAUGCCCAGGGCAAGUCAUUUAUCAAAGAGGCCUUGAAGUGCAAGGCCCAUGCUCUGCGGCACAGAUUCGGCUGCAUAAGCCGGAAGUGCCCAGCCAUUAAGGAAAUGGUGUUCCAGUUACAACGGGAGUGCUACCUCAAACACGAUCUGUGCUCUGCCGCCCAGGAGAACACCCGAGUCAUGGUGGAGAUGAUUCACUUCAAGGACUUGCUGCUGCACGAACCCUACGUGGACCUGGUGAACCUACUGCUGACCUGUGGGGAGGAGGUGAAGGAGGCCAUCACCCACAGCGUUCAGGCUCAGUGUGAGCAGAACUGGGGAAGCCUGUGCUCCAUCUUGAGUUUCUGCACCUCAGCCAUCCAGAGGCCUCCCACGGUGCCCCCUGAGCGCCAGCUCCAGGUGGACAGAGCCAAGCUCUCUAGGGCCCACCACGGAGACACAGGUCACCACCUCUCGGAAGCCAGUAGUCGGGAGACGGGCCGAGGUGUCAAGGGUGAGCGGGGUAGCAAAAGCCACCCAAACGCUCAUGCCCGGGGCAGAGCAGCCGGCCACGGGGGCCAGGGAACUUCUGGAAGCAGCGAGUGGGAGGAGGAACAGUCUGAAUACUCCGAUAUCCGGAGGUGAAACGAAAGGCUUGGCCGGGAAAUCUUUCCUCCAUGCCGUCCAUUUUCUUCUCUAUGGACAUUCCAGAACAUUUGCCAUUAAAGAGGGGGGAUGUCACACGCAGGAUUUGGUGGGGAUUGCGGACUUGAUGAAGGCGUGUGCUAGCGGAACGAACAGGUGAGGCGGAGACGGCCUGGGCAGCGGCGAGGUCUCGGCUGUGCCCGGUGGGUUCCACACUUGCACAUCCUGAAGUGAGCGUGCCUCGCAGCCUCCUUGCAACUUUGUCUUCUUUCCAACCGUGGAGCCACUGGGCAGCGGCCUGCGGUUUGCUCUGCUGUGGGGGAGGUGGGCCAGGGAAGGGCAGGGGUCGGCAGGCCCCCCAGCUAGACCUCGCACUUGGUGCUGGGCCCCGGCCCGCAUCUUCCGGUGCUGUCUUGGCAGAGGGCGGCUGGAUUCGGAUGCAGGGGUGAAUGUAAAAAUCGAGCUGGGAGUCAGAAGGGUGGAGAGGAGACAGGGCCGUGUGGGUGCUUGGUGCCGAACGGAAGUUCCGUUUCUUGCAUGGGACCUUGAGGUUUAGAGCUGCUUGGGACGGGGAGGGCAAGGGUUCUACGUGUAAGUUCUGAGCCAUUGUUCUGUCUGGGGGACCAUGUCCGAGGGAGUGGCCCCUGUGUGUUUGUAUAUUAACCACUGCUUCAAAUCUCUAUUUCACUUUUUUAUUUAUCCAGUUACAUCUACAUACCUGUCGUCUAAAUAAAUGGCUUUCAAACAAAGCAACUGGGUCAUUAAAACCAGCUCAAAGGAAAAAGAAAUACAGCCCAUCUUUGGGGGCUGCGUUUUUUUUUUUUUUUCUUUUGAGUGAUAUUUUAAAAGGAAUCAAAGAACGGUGUACCUGUACAUCUAACUGCCUGGCGUGGGCUUCUAGCCACUUAGGGCAGACCACACACCCGGAGGAAAAUGCACACACGAGGAGUACCUUUGGCAGGUUUUCUUUACCAUUUUGUUACCUCUCCUUGACCCUCAGCCCAGAUCGAUAAAGCCCUGUACCCGAUGCCAUGAGGCCAAGUUGGAAACGUGGCUUCUGGGUUUAGAGCAUGGAAAGGUGGAGAAGAGAACCAGAGACUGUGAUUUCCCGCGAGCAAUGCUGAGCUUUUUUACAUAAAUGGAGGAGACCGCCAGGAAGCACUGAGAGACAGGAUUUUCCAGACCCGGACUGGAAAUUUAGCAACGAAGAAAAGAGUCCGAGUGGACAAAAGAAAGACAGAGCGGAGGGACAGAAGUAAAAUUCUAAGGCAAGGAGGGAGAGGAUUAUAAUAGAGGGUCAGCGCUGGGGUUCUUGUGAUCGUUCAAAAUGUUCCAUAGAUAGGCCCUUUCUUUCCCACUGGGUUAUCACAUUAAAGCUUAUCCUUUCUUGCAGCCAGUACUCAAAUAGAAGGCCAGUAUUACAAAGAAUAGACGGGUGUUCUGGGCCAGCUCCUUCUAGAGCAACGGUCAGCAAACUCUUUCUGUAAAAGUCCAGAUAGUAAGUACACUAUUUUCAGUUUGGUGGGUCAUGUGGUUUCUGUCCCAAAGACUCAACUCUGCCAUUAUAGCAUGAAAGCAGGCAUACAGAGACAACACAUAACAAAAGGGGUUUGGCUCCACUCCGGUAAAAUUACAUUUAACAGGUGCCCAACCGGAUUUGGCUCUUGGGCCUGAGUGUUCUGACCCCCGUUCUAGUGAGUUGGCAAAAAAGGAAGCAUCCUCCAUUUAUAUCAGCUUAUAGCUCUCCCUCAAAGCAACCUGAGGCCAGAGAUAGAGAAGCUAAAUUUAUCUGCUCUAACAUAACUUGUUCCAGGGAAUGCCCUGACCCCAACCCAGCUAGUAUGUAUAUACCCCAAAUCCAAUCUCCUUUGGUUGCAGCCUCCGGCUGGAAGGUCAUCUCCCCGAAUCUUUCAUGUGCACGGUGGAAAGAAACCAUUUGGGUAUGGGGGGGGGGGGGGUGGGGGAAGGUGACAAAAUGCUGGGAGAAGCACCUAGAAAGAGCUAGAGCUGUAGGAAGCAGAAAAGAUGGUGCACUGAAGCCAGCUCUGCCUGCGGGGGGAGGAGGAGCGAUGUGUCAGGCUCUGCCAUGGGAACCGAGCGUAAACCAUGGCUGUCUCAUGCCAUGGGCCACUGCAGCACGUUGACUGUUUCACUUACAUCACUCAAAGGCUGAAACAAUAACAUUCUCCCGCGUUGCUGGGUCAGCUGUUCGUUUGUUCGUCGGCUCCUGGGCUGGAUGUGUGAAAGGCAUCGCUUUUAUAUUUUCCUCAGUGUAAAUGUUUUAUGUGUUCGCCUACUGAUGUCCUGUUUGUUGCUUCCAUUGUAAAUAUUUGUCAUUUGUAUUUAUUAUCUCCGUGUUUUCCCCCCAGGCAUCAAAUUGCUUAUUAUGUCCAUUUAAACCCCUUCACUGAUCUCGGUUGUAUAUUUUUCAUUGCCACUGGUUUGUUUCUUCUCAGAAGUCAGGUAGAUCUCCUUUGGUUCUGGUUCGUAAUGUUUCGAGGCAUACGGUAGUAUUUAUUGCUGAGGUUCUUUUGCUCGAAACUGAGUAAAGUCCAAAUUCCUGUAAGGGUUGACAGAGGCAUUUGUACAAUCUAAAAUGUAAGCAAAGAAGUCAUUAAAAAUAGACACUCAGCUUGGGCUUCAUACUUCAUACAAAUUUACUCAUGAGCCUUCCUUUAAGGAAGGAUGUGGAUUUCCAAAUAAAGAUACGGUGUUUAUUUUGAGCUUUGCAUCUUAACAAGAUGAUCUGAACACCUCUCCUUUGUAUCAAUAAAUAGCCCUGUUAUUCUCAAAGGAGAGGACCACCCUAGUACCAUGAAAUGCUGACACCUGACACCAAAUAAAUAGAAAACACCAGCCCAGAGCUGUAGUCAUACUUAGACACACACACAAAGAGAGAAACUUAAGCGUGAACCAAGCAAAAGGCUUUUCUAGAACAACAUGGAAAAACAAUGCUACCAGGGCCCAUUUCCUACGGAAGAACAACCUCAUCUGAUCUCAGAAUUGGCACCACGUGAGCUUGCUAAGUCAUAACGUCUAUCUCUGUUACGGAUUUAGGCAGCAGGACCUGUACACUGUCACAUGGCAUUAUUUUUCUCCAAUCGUGAAUAAAGAUUUGAAAUCAA